ACGAGAGCAGCUGGCAGACCAAGGCAUCAUGCCUCUAAACCAUGGUAAGCUCCCUAAGCAAGAGGACUCCUAUGCAUUUGAGGAGGACAGCAGCAGUGAGAGUCUGUCUCCAGAGCAGCACCACAGUGAUGAGUCGCAGGGUUCGGCCUGCCCUUCAUCUGAGGCUGUCGGCAGUACGGCCUCCUCCUCGUCCUCACCUGCCCUCACCAGCCCACGACAGGGUGGUGUAAGCAGAGACCCCCCUGAUCAAAGCCAGGAUGAGGGGCUUUCUGGUGCUAACAACAGCCAGACUACUCCCCCAAUACCUGUUCCUGCUAUCAUCAAGUCUAAAUCUUCCGACAAGAACCGUCACAAGAAGCCCAAAGAUGUGAAGCCUAAAGUCAAAAAGCUCAAGUACCACCAGUACAUUCCUCCAGACCAGAAGGCAGAGAAGUCCCCUCCGCCCAUGGAUUCGGCCUACGCCCGACUCCUCCAGCAGCAGCAGCUCUUCCUGCAGCUGCAGAUUCUCAGCCAGCAGAAACACACUCAUGCGCAAUCGCAGACGCAGCAGUCGCAACAGCCGCAUACCCACACUCCGCAGACGCAGGCCCAAGCCCAGUCUCAGACUCAGGCUCAGGCUCAGCAGAGGCAGCCCACUUUCAGCUAUCAGCCCCACACACCAGCUCACACCCAGAAAGGAGUCAGUGAGCAACUAUCGGCUUGUAGUUCCAGUGCCCCGUCGAGCACAGCCAACAGUAACUCAUCCUCUCCAGUCAAGAACACAUUCCCCAACCAAAGCAACAUCUCACAAGUCAAACCUGGGCCCCUGCCAUCUAAUCUGGAUGACCUAAAAGUUUCAGAGCUAAGGCAGCACCUGCGUAUUCGUGGCAUGCCUGUCUCAGGCACCAAGACUGCCCUCAUCGAGCGACUCCGGCCCUUCAAAGACUCCAACACCGGCUCCUCGCCCUCGGGAUCCUCUGAUAUCACCACCAUGACCUUUCCUGUCACACCCACAGGGUCCUUGUCCUCCUACCAGUCCCCAUCCUCCUCCAGCGCUCUGUCCCAGGGAGGCUAUUACCCGUACCCCAGCACCUCCUCCACCCCACCCAUCUCGCCGGCCUCCUCUGAGCUGUCCCUCAGCGGUUCACUCCCCGACAGCUUCAGCGAUGUGCCCAUGUCUUCGCCAACACAGUUUGCCCUUCAUCCAUCUCCUGCCCAGCUCGGCGUGGAGGAUGGCUUUGGGGGAGGAGGAGGUGGCAGCAUGGGUGGGGCAGGUCAGAGGAUGGGGGAGGUUGGUGGUAUGGAUGGUGUAGAAGCUGAAAAAGAUAAGAUGCUGGUGGAAAAGCAGAAAGUGAUCGAGGAGCUGACGUGGAAAUUGCACCAGGAGCAGAGACAGGUUGAAGAGCUAAAGAUGCAACUCCACAAGAGAAAACGUUGCUAUGGAGCAACACAGGAUACUGUCCCUCCUGCAUCUCAUCCUCCCAUGCACCACCAGCAGCACCAGACACCAGCCAUGAUGGGGCAGCAUUUUUUUGGGGUGACUAUCAAGCAGGAGCCUUUGUCUUUGUCCUCCAGCUGCCCUCUGUCCUCCCCUAAACAGCCUAAGUGCCCUCCUGGUAGCUGCAGAGAGGAUAUGGGACACUGCAGUUCCUCCAUUACCAACAUGGGGGGCCCCGGGGGACCACAGUGUAUGGAUACAGGCCCUUCCUCUGGCAGCCCCACCGCUAUGUCCACCUUCCUCAGCCCACAGUGCUCACCGCAAGACUCUCCUAUCAGAAAAUCUUCCAGCAGCCCACAGCCUUCAUCUCCUAACAACCCCUACCUGCUGUCUCCUCAACUGGGGAGGGAUGGCUGUAGUCACCCCCACACCCAGGGCAACAACAGAGCAUGCAACAUGCAGAUGCAGCAAAAGAGUGGUGGUCCGCCUAUAAACUGUUCCUAUCCUUCCGACCAAAGAGGUCUUCAGGGAGUCUAUCCCAGCUCAGCUGACUGUGGCCUCAACAACAGCAGCCCUGCUAAGGCUGAGAGCCAGAACAUGCAACCAAAGCAACUGACCCGAAGUCAGCAGAUGGAUGAGCUUUUGGACGUGCUCAUAGAGAGUGGAGAGAUGCCAGCUAACGCCAGAGAAGAGAGGGAGAGGUCCUCUGUAACCAAAGUUAUGCCUCACAUUACUGUGUCCCCAGGGUGUCCCGGCCUCCUCAUCCCGUGGUUUCACCGACAUUACGAGCACCUCUCCCCCACCCAGCUCCCUUACGACCACGCAGCCAAUCACGUCACCGAGAGCCACCCAGACACUCUGCUUGGCAGUCCCGUCGGCCGCGGAGGGGAGGUACCUCUUCUUAAAAUGGCAGCAGAGGAUGGGGGCCAGGAAGAUGAAGGGAAGCGAGAGGUUGAUCGGUACAGCAGCCCUCAGAAUCACCAUCACUCUCAUCAUCCACAACAGGACAAACUUCUGAGCAACCGAGAUCUGAUGGACACGUCUCUCUCGGCCAUCAGCAGUAAGGCGUCUGCCAACCCCGAGGUGCAGGGAAUGGUCAGCAUGACCUUUAGUGAGACGCCUUGGGAGACAAUGGAAUGGCUCGACCUGACACCACCCAGUUCUGCCACUGCCUUCAGCAUUGCUCCACCCAGUGCACCCAGCAUUUUUAAUGCCGAGUUCCUGGAUGUAACAGACAUUAAUUUGAACUCUGCCACAGACCUUCACCUGGAGCACUGGUAAAAACAACACUGUCCCUAAAGUGCUGGUUAGCAGCAUACCAGCCAUCGAACUCAAGACACCAGCUUGCAACUAGCUGCACGGACUUCUGAUAUUAGCUAUGACAAUACCAAAGACCUAUUUAAUUCUGUUCUUAACAGCUUUAAAUGUUCACAUGUUGCUCCUUGCUAUGAUCCAGUGGAAUGUAUAACCAUUAGCAGAUAUCCAAAAGCUGAAAUCUAAGCCAGAAAAUUGAACAAUUGUCAUAUCCCAACCUUUCCACUUCACUGAAAUGUGGUUCUUAUGUUGUCGUCAUACUCAAAAACUAAAGACCUGGUGCUUUUUGGCAUGAUCUUGAUGCGCUCAACUACCAAGUACUUAUGACAGCGGACAUAGUGUCGGAAGAAGCGUUAAUGUAACUUAAAAACCUGAUUACAGUACUUUACGCCAACAUUUAAUACAGUAUCAGUGCUAUGACUUGAAGACACAGUUUGACUUUCAUUGUAUACUUUGAGUUAUAUAUUUGUACUGGAAAAAAAACCCAGAGAGGACUUAACAGGUGAAUUGGAGAAUUGGAUUGCUUAGUAAAGGCCAUACUGUAAAUAUCAAAACUGACAGAGAUAAGUUGCAGUCUACAUAUUAUGUCAGAGGUGUGGAAGAACAUACAAACAACAAAUCAAAUGCUUUCUGUAAUCACUUCAUCAUUUGAUGUAAAUAUGAUUUUUUUAAUUCACUGUGCACCUCUAGCUUAAUAAACACUUGUCACAGUUUGCUUGAGCUUAGUAUAUGUGUAUAGGUUAGGUCAUUUGAAGGAAUCUUUUUGUACUUAUUUGUUUUCCACUAUUAUCCACAGGAUGACACCUUUAAAAGAAUUAUCUUAUCAGUUUAUAUCAGCAGCCGAAUACUGCCUUAUUUGCAACAGCUUUUUAUUCCCAAAUUUUAAUAUCAAAUGACUGCUCCCCUGGAAGUUGUUGACUGAUGUGAUUUAGAUGGCUCCAACCCAAGUAAGUUAUGUAAAGCUCACAUCUAUUUUUUUUCUCUCUCUUUUUUGGUCAUUAAAAAUGCCAGCAUUUCUG